AUGAAGAGACUAACAUUCUUCUUCUUCAUCAUUCUUCACCGUAACAUUUUUACGGUGCUAAGUGGACGGAAGAGACCACGAAGACUACCUCCCUACAACCUCUCCCAGGAAGACUACCUCCCCUACAACCUCUCCCAGGAAGACUACCUCCCUACAACCUCUCCCAGGAAGACUACCUCCCUACAACCUCUCCCAGGAAGACUACCUUCCUACAACCUCUCCCAGGAAGACUACCUCCCUACAACCUCUCCCAGGAAGACUACCUCCCCUACAACCUCUCCCAGGAAGACUACCUCCCCUACAACCUCUCCCAGGAAGACUACCUCCCUACAACCUCUCCCAGGAAGACUACCUCCCUACAACCUCUCCCAGGAAGACUACCUCCCCUACAACCUCUCCCAGGAAGACUACCUCCCCUACAACCUCUCCCAGGAAGACUACCUCCCCUACAACCUCUCCCAGGAAGACUACCUCCCCUACAACCUCUCCCAGGAAGACUACCUCCCCUACAACCUCUCCCAGGAAGACUACCUCCCCUACAACCUCUCCCAGGAAGACUACCUCCCCUACAACCUCUCCCAGGAAGACUACCUCCCUACAACCACACCCAGGAAGACUACCUACCCUACAACCUCUCCCAGGAAGACUACCUCCCCUACAACCUCUCCCAGGAAGACUACCUCCCUACAACCUCUCCCAGGAAGACUACCUCCCUACAACCUCUCCCAGGAAGACUACCUCCCCUACAACCUCUCCCAGGAAGACUACCUCCCCUACAACCUCUCCCAGGAAGACUACCUCCCCUACAACCUCUCCCAGGAAGACUACCUCCCCUACAACCUCUCCCAGGAAGACUACCUCCCCUACAACCUCUCCCAGGAAGACUACCUCCCAUACAACCUCUCCCAGGAAGACUACCUCCCCUACAACCUCUCCCAGGAAGACUACCUCCCUACAACCUCUCCCAGGAAGACUACCUCCCUACAACCUCUCCCAGGAAGACUACCUCCCCUACAACCUCUCCCAGGAAGACUACCUCCCCUACAACCUCUCCCAGGAAGACUACCUCCCUACAACCUCUCCCAGGAAGACUACCUCCCCUACAACCUCUCCCAGGAAGACUACCUCCCUACAACCUCUCCCAGGAAGACUACCUCCCUACAACCUCUCCCAGGAAGACUACCUCCCCUACAACCUCUCCCAGGAAGACUACCUCCCCUACAACCUCUCCCAGGAAGCCACUGGAAGAAGCAUCAUGAACCAGAACAUAUAUUUACAAGCAGAUGCGACACAGGGAACACAACCCCGGGGAACCGCGCCACAACAGCAGCCUUGUGGAUCAAUUUCUCAAGACAGUCACCUCCAUCUUUAAGCCUGCUUUCCAGCCACGCCCACGCCCCGGCCCUCAAGCCACGCCCACGCCCCGGCCCUCAAGCCAAGCCCACGCCCCGGCCCUCAAGCCACGCCCACGCCCCGGCCCUCAAGCCACGCCCACGCCCCGGCCCUCAAGCCACGCCCACGCCCCGGCCCUCAAGCCCCGCCCACGCCCCGGCCAUCAAAGCCAAGCCCACGCCACCUUCCAGUCCG